CAUGUCCCGUAGGAUUGACAUUUACCUAGACUAAAAAGAACACGCCGAGAAGUUGCCUUGGGCCAUAGUUGCCCUUGCCUCGUAGCGUCAAAAACCAACAUUGCUUUGAGUAUAGCUCCUUAGCAUUACUGACUGCAACGUUUACAUUACUACUUUGCUUCUUAGUGACAGUAAUUGAGCUGCUGUGCCAUUGCAGCUCAGACCAUAUAGUCGUCGACUCUGGUGAACAGACUUGAACAUGGCAGCACCGAGCUCGGGCGUCGCCUAUAGCGGCCUGCCUCGAAUGCCAAACUUCAAGGUGCACAGAGAGCUCGGCAGGGGCAGUUAUGGGAAGGUAUAUAAGGUUGAGCGCGAAAGCGACAAGCAAGUCUACGCGCUGAAGGUGGCAGACUUCGGCUCAAUGUCACAAGCCGAGCGAGCUGAUGCUGUCAACGAGGUUCGCCUUCUCGUGUCAAUUGCUCAUCACAACGUGAUACGCUACCACGAGGCUUUCGUGUGGGGCAACAAGCUCUGCACCGUCAUGGAGUAUGCUCCCUUUGGCGACCUUAAAUACUACAUCGACAAGGGCAGAAAGACCAAGCACCAGUUCCCGGAGGAGGCCAUCUGGCGCAUUCUGCUCCAGCUCUGCAAGGGCCUGCAGGCUCUUCACGCUCAGAACGUCAUCCACCGCGACAUCAAGCCUGCCAACAUCUUCCUGUGCGCCAACGACCUACUCAAGAUUGGCGACCUGGGUAUCGCCAAGGCGCUGACGCGGGUGGAGUUCACGCGCACUCAGAUCGGCACACCCUCCUACAUGGCACCAGAGGUGUGGAGCGGCCGGCCGUAUUCGUACGGCAGUGAUAUGUGGUCCGUGGGCGCCGUGCUGUACGAGAUGAUGACCUUCAGGACCCCUAUGGAGGGCCGCAACAUGCUGGACCUGCGCAACCGCAUUAUCGGCGGCCGCUUUGCCCCCAUCAAGGCCGGCACUUACAGCCAGGAAUUGAUCAACAUCUGCCACAACUUACUGAGCACGGAGCCCAGCAAACGGCCCUCCCCAUCCGCCAUCCUGGCCAGCCACGCAGCCUCCCGGUGGCUGCACGUGAUGCCGGAGCCGCCCUCGGCGCACCGCCGGCCGGCCCGCCGCUGGACAUCUGAUGGCGCUCCAUCCAGGCACAACCUGCUGGACACCAUUGUCGUACCCCGAGACAUCCGGCAGCUGCCCAAGCACCUGCCGCCGCCAUCUUACGACACGGAUGCCGUACGGCCAGCCGUCUCAGCCCCUCCCACCACCUCUGGUGCCGCAGCGCCGUCAGCCCCUGCCGCCUCGUCCGCAGCAGCCCCUUCCUCCUCCUCUGCGUCCUCUGUGCCCUCCGCUGCACCUCACCACCGGGCCUGCUCCUGGAGCGGCGCGGCGCCCUCCUCCGCCCCGUCGGCCGCCCCCGCUGCUGUCCACUCCAAGCCAGCGCACUCACACGUGCACGCACACGCACCGGCAGGUUCGAAGCCGCCCUCUCGUGAGCACAGCCGCGCGCCGUCGCCCGCCGACCUCCGUGGUGCGCACGAUAACCGGAAAGGCUACGCACCUGCCGCGCCGCUUCCGCCGGUCUUCCCGCGCGUCCCCAGCAGUGGCCUGCAUGCGGUCGCGGCGGCCGCUGCGGCCUUAGCCUAUCAGCACCAGCGCUGGACCCCCAGCGGCCCACCGGUGCAAUUCAAUGCUCCUCGGGUCCUUCCGCAGCGGCGCGUGUCGUACUCGUAAUUGGCAGCUUAUGCCGCCUGACUAUGACCAGCUUUGGGCCCGACAGUCCGUCCGUGGUGUGUUUCGAUGUGUACGCAACAAGUGCCAUGUGUCCGCCUGAACCGAAGGGCACGGCGUGUUGCAGGCCGUUUCCCGGUCGGCGCUUGACUCCGACUUUUGGGGAAGUGCAUUAAUGCUAGGUGGCUGUAUCUUCAGUUCAUUUUCGAUAAUGUACAUGACGCGUAGCGGUUUGCAGGGAUGGCAGAUUUUGAUGUUGGCAAGCUUACGUUUCAGCUUGCCGUGCCGCCCGUCGGACCGGUUGUUGCAGAGGGUUGCGUUUUUGCUCGGCAGUUGCUGGAUGGGUGUAUGCGGGUUGGGUGUGUACAACAAGCAGGGAACCCUUGCUAACGGCUCGUUUGCUUGUGCGAAGGAUGAGUGUACAUGUCUCUUGGAUAAGACGUGCAUAAUACGCUAUACCCAACGGUAGGCUAUUAACAAUAGCCGACUUGAGCAUUCGUGGAUUAAGAUGACGUGCGACACUGCAUGUAUGUAUCCAGUUAUCGUAAUUACGAAUCUAUUGUGCCGGCAGGUUGUAUCUCUGUUGUCUCUUGUUAAUGAUACUCAGUUGACGUCAACCUGCAAUGUCACAGUCGCCUCAAAUGCCGACACACAGGGAUUGUACUUCGGUUGGUGGCCGUGAUCAGAACUCGGAUUCUGCAUUGAUGCCCUUAUAACUUUAGUUGUGGUGCUUUUGAAAUUUGCACAAUCCAUCAAUGCGGCGGCGGCGUACAUCCCACCGUUGUAAACGCUGUACCAAUGGCAAAACAUCC